AUGAGAUUUCUGGGCAAGUUUGCUUUAAUAGCAACUGCAGUCAUUGCAGUCAUCUUCCUCAGUUGGUACAGGUGUCCUAUCAACAAAAAAGAUGACAAUUUCUAUAGUUUUUCUUUGAUUUUUCCCCCCUCUUUGUGUGUGUAUGCCUUUCUAUUUCUCAUUCACUUUCUAAUUUGUCUGCCGUCUUGUUGUCUCUCUCACACUCUCACUCUCUCUCUCUCUCUCUCUCUCUCACUGACUUGCCUCCUGUCUUUGAAUUGCCCAUCAAUUUUAUCUCUCACUCUCUCUCUCUCUGAUUUGUCCUCUUUCUUUGUCUCUCUCUUCCUAUCUGAUUUAUUUGUCUACUGUCUUGUUCUCUCUCAUAUUUGUUUACCCAUUUUUCUUACUCUCCAUCUCUCUCUCUAUCUGAUUUACUUGCCCUUUUCUUUCUCUCUCUCAGAUUUGUCUACUGUCUUGUUCUCUCUCUCAUUUGUUUACCCAUUUUUCUUACUCUCCAUCUCUCUCUCUCUCUCUCUCUCUCUCUCUGAUUUACUUGCCCUUUUCUUUCUCUCUCUCUCUCUCAGAUUUGUCUACUGUCUUGUUCUCUCUCAUAUUUGUUUACCCAUUUUUCUUACUCUCCAUCUCUCUCUCUCUCUCUCUGAUUUACUUGCCUUUUUUUUUCUCUCUCUCUCUCAGAUUUGUCUACUGUCUUGUUCUCUCUCAUAUUUGUUUACCCAUUUUUUCUUACUCUCCAUCUCUCUCUCUCUCUCUCUCUCUGAUUUACUUGCCCUUUUCUUUCUCUCUCUCUCUCUCAGAUUUGUCUACUGUCUUGUUCUCUCUCAUAUUUGUUUACCCAUUUUUCUUACUCUCCAUGUCUCUCUCUCUCUGAUUUACUUGCCCUUUUCUUUCUCUCUCUCUCUCUCUCAGAUUUGUCUACUGUCUUGUUCUCUCUCAUAUUUGUUUACCCAUUUUUCUUACUCUCCAUCUCUCUCUCUCUCUCUGAUUUACUUGCCCUUUUCUUUCUCUCUCUCUCAGAUUUAUUUGUCUACUGUCUUGUUCUCUCUCAUAUUUGUUUACCCAUUUUUCUUACUCUCCAUCUCUCUCUCUCUCUCUGAUUUACUUGCCCUUUUCUUUCUCUCUCUCUCUCUCUCAGAUUUGUCUACUGUCUUGUUCUCUCUCAUAUUUGUUUACCCAUUUUUCUUACUCUCCAUCUCUCUCUCUCUCUCUCUGAUUUACUUGCCCUUUUCUUUCUCUCUCUCUCAGAUUUGUCUACUGUCUUGUUCUCUCUCAUAUUUGUUUACCCAUUUUUCUUACUCUCCAUCUCUCUCUCUCUCUCUGAUUUACUUGCCCUUUUCUUUCUCUCUCUCUCAGAUUUGUCUACUGUCUUGUUCUCUCUCAUAUUUGUUUACCCAUUUUUCUUACUCUCCAUCUCUCUCUCUCUCUCUGAUUUACUUGCCCUUUUCUUUCUCUCUCUCUCUCUCUCUCAGAUUUGUCUACUGUCUUAUUUGUCUACUGUCUUGUUCUCUCUCAUAUUUGUUUACCCAUUUUUCUUACUCUCCAUCUCUCUCUCUGAUUUACUUGCCCUUUUCUUUCUCUCCAUCUCUCUCUCUCUCUCUCUCUCUCUCUCUCUGA